AUUGGGUAUUCACCGAGUUUAUUAGACUGAUGGGUGGCAGGCCUCCAAAAACAAUACUAACAGAUCAAGCGCGGGCUAUGGAGGUCGCUAUAUAUAGAACAAACGAUGCCUGGUACCACACACCGCUGGUGUAAGUGGCAUGUGCUUCGGAAGGCGAAAGAGCACCUCGGGCCGCAUUACACGAAACGAAGUGAUUUUAGGGCGGCGUUCCACAAGGUUGUCAAUGAAAUGCUAACUGUCGAUGAGUUCGAAGCUGCUUGGGCUGAUCUACUUGACAGAUACAAGCUCCACAACAACACCUUCCUGAUCCAGAUUUUCGAGGUUAUGCACAAGUGGGCAAAACCUUAUUUUAGUGGCAAGUUCUGUGCGAAGCAAACCAGUACGCAAAGGAGCGAAAGUGCGAACCAUUUGUUGAAGGGCUACAUUCCCCCGGCUUGCCCCAUGAACCUAUUUGUGAAACAAUACAGCAAGUUGCAGUUCGACCGAGAAGCUGAAGAAGGGUUCCAAGAGAAGAGAACAAGGCUGGGCGGUGUAGUUCUCCGAUACAAUUUUCCUCUGGAAGAGCAUGCGAGCCAGGUGUACACCCGGACGAUGUUUGAGAUGUUUGGUCAGGCUUUGUACCGUGCGGGAAGAUAUGAUGUCGAGGAAGUCGAACGAGGCACGAGGUACCAUGUGCGGCACAUUGAAGCUGAGAAGCGAGAGAAGUGGUGCCGCGAGAUGCAUGCUGUCGAUGUCCAUGAAGGUGGCGCUCGGUACACAUGCGAAUGCAGCUUGUUUGAGCACAUGGGGAUGCUUUGUUGCCAUGCUAUCGAGGUUCUUCUUCAUUUGGGGUGCGGAAGAUACCUAGCUUUCAUGUAAUGAAGCGAUGGACAAUAGAUGCCCGCGACAACUUGCCGCUUCACCUCAUCCAUUACCAGAAAGAUCAAGGCCCUCCGUGAUUGUCAUCCUACCGGCAUACUGCACUACACCUGACAGCACUCGAGUUUGUGCAGCUCGGUGACAGCAAUGUUGAUGCAUUCGAUAGAGCAAUGGACAUUUUAAUUGCAGGCAAGGCUGAACUGACCGUUUUGGCAGCGAUCAAAGAUGGGAAAAGUUUGGUUGACCAAACCCAAGUUGGAGAGUCAGCCAGUCCAACCAUGACUAUGAUGGCAGACGGCGCGCAUCAAGAAGAUGAGCGUUCUGAGAUGUUCAUCUCAACUGAAUGUGGCCUUGGAUCUGUCUCUGUGGGAGGUGAUUCCAGGCAUCCAUUAUCCACUUUAUUGGCCCCUGAUAGGAAGAAGCAGAAGGGUAGGCCGACAACGGCGAGGGACAAGCCUGGAUAUGAGAUCAAAUACGCGCGAUCAAGAUUUUGCACUGUUUGUAGAGAGAAAGGGCACAAGAGCACGACGUGCCCCCGCAGGGGGGACCUUCCUAAGAAACCCCGCAAAAUCCCUACAUGUGGCAAUUGUGGUGUGGCUGGGCACAAGAAAACAAGUUGUUUCAACCCAGUGUUGCCGUUUGUGAAGAGGCCUCGCGACGGACCAGUGGAAUGAUGUCCAUUUCAUGAUAUGAUGCAAACUUUGAUUGAAUCAGUCGAGAGUAUUAUGUUUUCUGCUUGUUAGGACUGUUGGCUUGUAAUUCUAAUAAAAGUUGUGCCUGUCUUUGGGGGACUGGACGUAGGUUGCUGUUUUUUAACUGUUAUUUCGGUGUUUUAGUUUCUGAGCCUCAGGAUGUGCUGUAGGUUUGUUAACUUUUCAAGUGAUGUUUAAUUUCAGCUACUUAGGACU